GAGCCGAGCUGCAGAUCAGUAUCUGUCCUCUACAUCACGAGACCACACAACACAGGCGGAAGAGGAUUGCUGUUGUUGUUGUUGUUCCUUUACCUCCAGAACGAGAUGGCCUCAGCUCUGGCCAACAGAGCAAUGGGAGCCAUUGUGGGAUCAGCUGUCGCAGAUGCAGCAGCGCAGCCCCUCCACUGGGUGUACGACCUGCAGAAGCUGCAGGGGAUUCUGGCUCAGGAUCCAAACCAUGAGUUCCGCUCUGAGUCGGCCAACCCUUUUUACAGGAGGCAGACGGGCCAGCAGAGCUGCUACGGAGACCAGGCCUUUGUCCUGCUGGAGUCCUUGUCCGAAUGUGGAGGGCUGAAUGUUGAUGAUCUGACGCAGCGCACCCUAAAAUUCUUUGGGCCGGGGUCAGAGUAUGACACUCCUGUCAAUGAUCCUUACAGAGAGAAAGGAGGGCCCAGACCUCAGCUGCCCAUCGAGGGACCAUGGAGACAAGGGAGUUUGAAAGGCUUCCUGAAGAAUGUGGACGCAGGCAAAGAGGAGACGGGCUGUGAGAACGACUGUCAGAUUGAUGGAAUAGCCAAACUGGCUCCUGUAGUGGCUUUUUAUGCAGGGAAGCCUGAGAUGCUGGAAAAGGUGGAGCAGGCAGUCCGAGUCACCCAGAACAACGAUGAAUGUGUGGCAGAGACUCUUGCAGCUGCCAGGAUCCUGGAGCAGUACAUCCUGAAUGGUCCUGAUCCAAAAGCCUUGGACUCUGUGCUCGACCAGCUCAGUGACUCGAAGAGAAAGCAGCCACAGGACCUGGACAAAGCAGUCAUUGCUCACCUUCAUCAGGUGAAGGAAAAUCUAUCCAAGACUCCUCAGGAGCUGAUCCCAGCGGUGUUUCCAAACACAUGAGGUUUGCCAGGUGCUUUCCAAGCAGCGCUGCAUGGAGUCCUGACGGCCGAGCACUAUGAGCAGGCAGUCAGAGACACCAUGAGCCGCGGGGGAUGCACCUGUAGCAGAGGGUCCUUCAUUGGAGCUUGUCUUGGGGCUCAGGUGGGUCUUCAGGGAAUUCCAACUUCCUGGACUUCCAAAACCCUUCGUUACAACUUAGUGCUACAGCACGCCGAGAAGAUUACCAAGCAGCACCAAUAGUUUGUCUUUCUUUCCUGGCAGGGUGAUAAAUUGAACAAUCUGAGAACAAAAGAAAGACUGUUGAGCUUUUACAGAACAGUGAAUGAAGGUUCUUGUCUAAACUGUUGGACGGCAGGAGCUGGAUGUUUUUGUCCCUGUUUAAGUUAAACUUUUUUUCUGAAGUAAAGUCAUUCUUACAAAACAUUAA